AUGCUAAAUCUAAGCAGAAAAGUGAACGGCCAGCAAGUGCCAGCCCAUGCGCUUAUCGUCUACGGCGAUGGCAUUGUCUACGGCGGCAGCGCGUGUCCGCCCAAUGGCGUGCAAGUGCAACCAGCAGCUGCAGCAACAGCUACGAGGCAGCAGCAGCAGCAUCGUUUGCAAACACAGCAGCGAUACAGGCCGCGGGCUAAUGCCAGAGCGACGGCCAAGCGACAGCAGCAAAUUGGGCAACAACCCAAGCCACAGCAACAGCAGCAGCAGCAACACAUGCGGCAGCAUAAUUCCUACGGCAAUUGGCCUUUCGGCGGCAUGAGCCAAGCACAAGCGAACUUUAAUGGCAACGGACAUGCAGCAGUCAUGAGUCCGCAGACACAUCCGCAAGUGCAUAAUUACGGCUCAAUGGGUUUUGCCAGCAACAUGGGCAUGUGGCCGGGCUAUGUUAUGGUGCCAGCGGCGGAUCCAAGCAGACCAUUUGCCUUUGGCUUGGGUGCCACUGACUAA